AUGCAGAACAGUUACUGCGCAACGGUCAUUUUACUAUCGCGCUGUAAGUGCCUUGAACUCUCUGACUGCAGACACUAGAAAUAGCCCGUCACUAUGUACCUUUAAGAGGAGCGUCAAACGCGAAUUGCGGUAGCAGAACCCAUACGUUAAAUAGUUAAUAUUUGAUUUAUUUUAGAUCUCCAAAGAGAUAACGUAAUUGUACGCGCAUAGUUUAGGCUUUUAGUUUUGUACCAAGAUUGUAAUCAAUUUAAGCUUUUUCUUCUUAUCCCGUUCUUUUGUUAGCAUUUGUAAAUUAACUUCAGAAUAGCCCUUUGGGAGAGUUAGGAAAAGUUAUUGUAUUGUAUUGCAUGAUAUAACAGGAAUCACGGUGAAUAGGGCAACAAGAAUGUUUAAAAACAAUUACAGGUUUUAUGGCGGAAAAAGCAACAACUCUGCACAGUUUCUUGAAGAUUUCUUUGCCGCCACCGCACGACUACGACGUAAAAAUUGCAUAAUUUCACGUUUUGUGGGGGCCGUAAACGAGCGACGACGAAUUUUGUUUCCUGUUUCCUAUCUUAAAUUCAUGCGGUCGUCGUUGCUAAAGCUUCUGAUGUUUGGUUCUAGUUUUCCAAGCGUCGGAUAGCGCUAUCCACCAGAUAAAUCAUCAUCCAGUAUGAGUGUGAGGAAAACUAAUUCCGCCAUCUAGUGUGUAAAGAUUUUUCCGGUGGAUAGCGUUAUCAACCUUAGGAAAGAAACUGGGGCCUUGUGGAUAGCGUUAUCGACCUUUUGACCAACUAGAACCUGAUUCAGUGCAAAUGGUGCAAAUUACAAAAUAGGCUCACUUGAAAUGUUUUAUCGCGAUGAAUGUCAGCUACAUAUACCGUAUGUAUUCGAAUAAGCGCCCAACCUCGAAUAAGCGCGCACCUCGAAUAAGCGCCCACCCCCUCCUCCCCCCAAUCAAACUCAAAUAAGCACUCACCCCCACCUCAUCCAAUUAAGUGAAUAAGUUCCAAUAAGAGACUUCCUUGAGGACGGAGUUUUCUUCAGAGUAUUUUACAGAAACCUUGCUUUGUUACUUCUUCGCGUUUGGUUAGUAGCAUUUAUUAUUUUGUUGCAAAAUAAACAUACUUCACUUGCUGAAAAUGGUGAAAAUCUAAUAAGCGCCCAGCCUCGAAUAAGCGCCCAGCCUCGAAUAAGCGCCCACUCUCAAGGUCCAAAAAUUUAAUAAGCGCCCAGGGCGGUUAAUCGAAUAAAUACGGUACUCUGUAUUUUGUUCAAUAGGGUUACGUCCCCGGACUGUUUGGUGUGUCACAUGGUCCUCUCCAGUUCAUGGCUUAUGAAGAACUUAAGAAAGGCUACAGCCAUUACUUUGGUACACCAAUCAAUAAAAAAUUGGUAAGUUAACAAGUCAGUGUUAAGUGGUUGUUCACAUUGAUCAUAACUUAAGUUUCGUUUACGAGCAAGGAUGUACAAUUGUCAGUACAGAAACUAUAGAUUUUCAUUAUCACAACAGGAUGUGAUUGUAUAAUUAUCUAGUAUACUGUUUUUGCAUUCUCUGCUUGAGAGGGUAUUUCUGUUUCUUGCGGCUCAUUUUAAGAAUGCGAAGAUCUAGCAGUUUGCUAAGAAAAGUGAUACCGACCUAAUAUAUUAAAGCUAUGUACUGUUAAAUUGUACGGCUUAGAUUGUAAAGGGUAUGGCUGUUGACCCCUUGUUCGAGUGAAACAGCGUAAGCUUGUCCUUUCUGAAACAAUGGUUUUUAAUAUAGUGUGUUUCUUUCUAUCACUCGUCUCUUGAACGCUGACAUAAGGGAGGGCAAAUUAAGGUUUUUGGUCUGAGGCAGGGUAGGCUUUCAGGAAGCAUGCUGCACACCCCCACCGUAAUUUUCAACAGUACCCCCCUCCCCUCCCCCGCUGGACCAGUACUUGACCAGUACCUUUGUUUUCCGUAAAAGGUGCAUCAUCAGGAGAAAAAUGAUGGAAUCUUUGAACACCAAGAACAUGAUUUCGUAGAAAUUCAUUCUCCUACUACAGCUGUAAGGCACGAACAAACCACAAUCGAUGAUUUCUAAUUGAUUUUCUUUAAAUAGCACUGCUAAAUUUUAAAACAUUGGUCCCCUCUUUACCGACCAGUCAACUUAAAAGAUUCCUAAAUAUUGACUCUGGCAAAUGCCUUGAUGGGCUACCAGCAGUGUCUGUCUGCCAGAAUUAAUGGAGCUGUUUACUUAUAGUAACAGGUCAUUGAAUAAUAAGAAAACAGUUAAAGCCCUUUUUCAAGGUGUGAGCAAACCACAGUCGGUGGUUUUUGAGCCCUGUCAAACUAAAAACAUCGGCCCAGCCUUCUGAAAUUCUCCUUCUAUCUCGACCUAUCUUUAGCUUAAGACACUCCUGUUAGUGAAUUUUGUGGUUAUAAAAGAAGGUGGACCAACCCGCUUGCCGAGAUCUCGGCUCGAACAACCGGGAUCUCGGCCUCGUCCUCUCAUGCGUAUUUAUCUUAACAGUUAGCUAAUUGGGGGCACUUUCCUACGUGCUGGCACACUAAUCUAUUAAAUGACUUUGAAAUUAAUGAUCUUACCUAAAAUCUAAAACUAUAUACAAAUGUCCACGACUCAAAAUUUACACAGGUCACAGCAGGAACUUCUCCGGAAUAGAUGUAGCAAGUAGAAAGUUUUUAUACCAAGACGACGCUAAAACAGACCCUUAGUAUGCAUUGUUUCCUCCUCCUUCUAGAGUUCAACAGAGUACUUGAUAAUGGUAUCAUUAUCAAAGAUCUUCGCUGCCACAGCCACGUAUCCGUAUCAAGUAGUCAGAUCAAGACUACAGGUAAACAGACCUCCCACUUUUUAUCUCUUAGUGUAAGGUUAUGCCCACAAGAUUAAUUCCAACAGGAACUUUUUAGCUGGUGAUUCACGUGGUACAAAACCGCCAUGCUGGAGAGUAAGGGACACACUGAGACAAGACAAACAAAAGGCUCACUAGACUUUCUCAAACCCCGUUUCCGGUGUCUGCUUGUUCGGUGGUCGGUUGGCGCUCGUCUUGCGAUUUCUCUUUCGCUCGCUUGGCGCAGUGGACUUGUGGCAAGUUUAAAUGCUCACGGCAUUUAAAAUCGUAAUUCCCUUUGUUUGUCUUCUCCCAGUGCGAUUCUUGCUCUCCAGCAUUACGUUUUUUUUUGUACCACUUGAAUGGCUAGCUGCAAAGGGCCUAUUAAGUUUUAUAAAAUAACUGAGAUAGUACGCGUGAUCUGAUUAGUCAAAAACCUAUGGUUUAUUAUACCGGUAAACCCAGAAAAAAAGACAUCCGGACCACGAGCCAUCAACAAAACCCGCUAUUGAUCUGCAAACAACGAUUUUAGAAAGGCUAAAAAACAGAACAAGUUACUUACCGUAGCCCUUCUUAAUAUUAAAAGCGAUGGUUUCCACAUUUUAUUACUGAGGGUCACAAUUCGCGACUGCCAUAGCUUUAGAAGUUGUAAAGUACAAAGCUGGAAAGCAGUUUACAUUUCACGACGAUGCCACAUCGCAGAGAAAGACAACAACUGUGUGAAUUUCUGGUGUAGAAAGUCUCUAGGAAAACUUAACCAUGUGCCAACCAGCUACAAAACGGAUAGUUUUAGCAUUCUUGAUUUAUUUUAUGUCAAAAUUAAAUUCCUUAAUGAAAGAAAUUGUUCCAAAAAGAGAUCUCUGAUCAAGAUAUGGUACAAAAUCGGCCGCUGUAGGUUGUAAACAAGCUGCCAACGAUGCAGCAACGAUGAUGAAAGAUGUCAGAGUUUCGGGCUGGUUUUUUUCCAACAUUUGCACAAAUUAUUCGGUGAUAUCGAUCCCAUAACCUACCUCAAACCACGUGACUUCACAAAUCGAGAAAUAUUAGCGCCAAUAUGUGGCUACGGCAAAGAAACCUUUCUUCACCACUGACAUAUUUCCAUCGGUCGCUGUACGUGCAUAUAAAGUUACAUGCGACAACUUCGCAAAUGCAGCCAUGUCGUUACCGCAGCAUUUCUUGAUCAUAAUAAAGUCCAGAAAACAGAUCUUAAACCACUGCGGCUUGUAAAAUGUGAAUGAAGUCCUCCAUUACAAUAGCUGCCAGUUCCGUCUGUAAGCACGAAAGCUUGUAAAUCACUCUCCUUCGGCUCGUGAUUUACAAGCUUUUCUCGUGUUCUCCCAACAUCCCGUGUGGGUUAUCACGCCGGUAAACCCAUAGAAAGUGUGGUCUAUUGCUUAAAUGAACGCAUACAAAUUUAUAGCUGUUUUUCCCUAGCGACGGAGUCUGGGUUGAAGUCGUAAGAGCAGUCGUUAAGACGCUUACAGCCCAUCAAAACUCGGAGUCGUAAGCAGAGUCAAAAGUGCGAGGGAGUUGUAAUCAGUACGUUACCGUUUUGCUCCGACUCUACCCACUAUGACAGCAGCAUGCCCAGCUACCCUUUGUAUCCUACUCUUCCCAAAACAAAAGAAAACUCUGUGCGCCUCCGAGUUCCAAGUAGCCAACUCCCUAGGGGUUACCACCCAGCGCUUUAAAAAUAGUUUCAUCAAUACGCACUUUAUUAAAAACAACGUAGCAAUCUUAUGUUAAGUUGUUGUUGCUGUUUUUCUUUUUUUAAUGCUUAUGUUAAUAUUGUAUACAGAAUUUAAAGUUUUGUACUCUUUUGGCUUUUUAACUGAUUUUAAAUUUUGGAAAAUGUAAGUUUUAUAUUAGUUUAGCUUGAAUGCAUUUUUGCUUAAACAAAUAAUAGUGACUAAAGACUUUUAAUUUACACCGUUGCUUACGAUCUAAUGCGAGAAACAGAAUUGUCCGAAAAUUUUAAAAUCUUUAGAAUGCGUUUUGAUUCACCUUGAAACGGCUAGUUGUGGAGCAAAUGUCAAGAAAAAGUUCAUCCUAGUAAUUAUUUUAAAUACAAAGUAAAAAAUGUUCAAUUCUUAAAGCUCCCUCUUCCUUUUAUACAGUUUUAAGCUAAGUUAUUCAUCAGAGCUCAUUUCCUUAAAAGCAAUGUUUUUUUGGUUUGUUUUGUUUUAUUUUGUAGAAUCAAUACACAAUGGCCGAAUACAAUGGAGCAGUGGACGUUAUCCGUAAAACUUUCAGGUGAGAUGAGGGACUCGCUUCGUCUAUUCUUUUUUGUUGAAAGGAGUUUUGAAAGUGAAAUUUUCCAGCCCUGUAAGAUUUAUACCUUAAACAGUCGCCUUCUGACAUUAGCUUUUUUGUCGACUUUAUAGAUACGAAGGAGUGAGAGGAUUUUAUAAAGGAUUGGUUCCUAAUGUUCUCAGGUGAGAUCCCCAACAAAAGAGCUCCUAGGUUUUACCCGUCUGGAUGACAGUGAGUAAUUGGCAGGCCCUAGUUAUUCAAAAGGUAGAUAUGCUAUCCACUGUAUAAGUCACUAUCCAGCGGAUAACGCAGUUGGUAUCUUUAAUACGUAUCCACACUGGAUAGUGAUUUAUCCGGUGGAUUGCGUUAUAGAACAUUUUAUCAACCGGGGCCAGAACUGUAAUGUAGAUAAAAGGACAACAGCACUUGUCCUCUUUAACAGUAAGCUCAGUCUUCACACGUAAAAGUUCAGUGCAGUUAUUAACGCAACUGUGCGUAAAAAAGCCAAACAAACAAACCCGGAAGGUAGCAUACGCCGUAUUACGGGGACGUCACUGGCUGGCUCUAUUGGUUCAUUCACUAGCUUACUGUUAUCCUCCCACCCCGUGCUAUGCAUGAUUAGUGCAACAAAAGAGGCGGUAGACCACACCACCUGGGAAACAUUUCCUAUUCUUUUUCAACAAUAGUGGCAGUUGGCUGUUUUACAACACUAUGCGAAAGUAAUGAUAUCAAACUUCUCCGAAAUUCGUCAAAAUUCACGAAUUUCGAGAGGGAAUAUCGGUAAAAGUCGGUGCAUCUGUUGUCGGCGAAAUUUCGUGCAAUGAGUCGAAAUGGGACGAAAAUUCGGCUUAAAACGAAUGUUCAGUACUGUUCGUCCCCUUUUGAUGAACUAUUAAUGAUAGGAAGGAUGAAGGAAGUAAGGCCAAAGGCCUAGAAAUAAUGAUAAUAAUUUAAGAAUUAAUAACGCGCAGAUAUCUAUGUAACUAUAAUGAAAUCCGCGAUAUUAUGAUUGCCUUUUCCGAUUUUUAAGGCCACUUCCCGAUCGUCUGGUCUGAGUCAAGGUCUUAAACAGACAGCGGUGUGGCAUUUUCUUUUGAUAAUGAACUCUGUGACCGCCCGGGAUUUAUACCCGCUCCUCCAGCCUGCUUUAUUUGACUGAAAUAAGGCUCAUACUAGAAACAGACAAACCAACCAACAAAUAGGCAUGGAAAGUUGAAGUGAUAAUAGAAAAUGAUAACUGUAGUUUGAUCUGGUUAUAAUGGUCACCCUCGACGAGGGACUUGCCGCCUAAUGAAGGUGGUCACUCAAUAAAAGAUCACAAGAAUUACCCACUGGGUGUGGCGGUCGAAACGCAAUUUAUUGAUAGUCUUCAUAGAAGAACACUUCAUUCAAUUCUUCAUUCUAUCAAACUAUAAAGCAAUCAACGUCCUUUCAGGCGAACUAUACCAGGGCGACCCUGAUCUGUAUUGAUCUUUCACUUUCUAUUCUUUCAACAAAGUUGCUGACUUGUAGCCGUAACGGGGAAAUAAACUCACCGUCAUGAUAAAGGACUAUCCGUUAUCCUGCCGGCCAACCAGACAGUGUUUGCGAGCCCUGACGCUCACACCGAAAUGUCUCAUUCCUUCACUUUCUUACAUUUGCGGGUGCUCGCUAGUUCACACAGGCAAAAAUAACAAGAAAGGCAAAACAUGGACUGCAAAGGGGUAGCUGAGGUCGCUUAAUAAAGGUGGCCACUUGUUAAAGAUGACGAUUACAAUGUUUGUACUGUAUGCAGGGAAGUUCAGAACUUUGAAAACAACUCGCUAAUACAUACAGUUAAAACGAACAACUAGACAAAACGUAAAGGAACAGCACAUGAAAAAACAAACGAACAUAGUAAAAGGCACGAGACAAACGUUGUUUGUGAUUAAGUUUGUUUGUUUUUGUUUUUACAGAGUGACUCCAGCGUGUGCUCUGACAUUCGUGGUAUACGAAAACGUCAUCCAUUUUCUCAUGCCGUCCAGCUUGCUUUAA